AUUUUGCAGUUUUUGGGAGUGGCCUUUCUAGGGAUUGGUCUGUGGGCAUGGAGUGAAAAGGGUGUCUUGUCCAAUAUUUCAUCAAUCACAGACCUGGGUGGCUUUGAUCCGGUCUGGCUAUUCCUGGUGGUUGGAGGUGUGAUGUUCAUUCUGGGAUUUGCAGGAUGUAUUGGGGCUCUGCGAGAGAACACCUUCUUAUUGAAGUUUUUCUCCGUCUUCCUCGGAGUGAUUUUCUUCCUGGAGCUCACAGCUGGGGUCCUGGCGUUUGUCUUCAAGGACUGGAUCAGGGAUCAACUUAACCUUUUCAUUAACCAGAAUAUCAGAGCAUACCGAGAUGAUAUUGAUCUCCAAAAUCUUAUUGACUUCACGCAGGAAUAUUGGGAAUGCUGUGGUGCCCAUAAUGCUGAUGAUUGGAAUCUGAAUAUUUACUUCAAUUGUACAGACAACAAUACAAGUCGGGAGCGAUGUGGAGUGCCCUUUUCCUGCUGUACCAAGGAUCCCACGGAGGAUGUCAUUAACACUCAGUGUGGUUAUGAUGUGAGACUGAAAGUGGUGACUGAACAACAGAAUUAUAUUUACACUAAAGGUUGUGUGGGACAGUUUGAGAAAUGGCUGCAGGAAAAUCUGACUGUGGUCGCAGGAAUAUUUAUUGGAAUUGCAUUGUUGCAGAUUUUUGGCAUCUGCCUAUCUCAGAACCUGGUCAGUGAUAUUGAAGCAGUCAGGGCGAGCUGGUGAUUGACAGCCCAUUAAAGAGUGGACACAGCUUGGCAUGUGGAUGAGAAAAGUCAGCAGCACUCUGAAUGUUACUUGCACGCUGGGUCAUACAGUGGUCCAGGAAAAGGGUGGGGAGAGAGGCACGUGAUGGUUUGAGAAAUGGUUGUUUCCCUCCCUCCUAACCACCCACCCUGACUCCCAACACACUACCCCCCCCUUCCCUCGCCACCUCCAGAAACUAUGACUGCGUUGUGAGGUAUCCUUGCUGUCGCUGUCAAAUGCUCAGAGGAGAUUUGAAACAGAGCAUCUUCAGAGAUGUCCUGGCUGACCGUGUCCUUUCUGCCAGACAGUUCUACACCCAUGGCCUUGACGUUGAACACAGUAGAUAGCCAAAGACACCAGCGUGUUGGAGAGAACUGUCCCUGUAUUUGGAAGCACAGUGGGAAAGGAAUCCUCUCUUCCCCUCACCCUGCACAGCGCCAACCUCAGGCCAUCUGCCCCAGUAACAUUUUAAAAGUGACACUGAUCAUUGAAUUUGCAGUGAAGAAGGACACCAUUCGGCCAGUGCACGCUCAUUCCUGACCGAGGUCGUCUGCACUCCCCAUUUUCCUGCACCUUCUCCACGCCUGGUUUUACUUUGUCCCGCCUCCCAGAUGAAAACUUUACAAUACCUUCAAAUACAAGAUGGAAAGAGGGGUAACAGCUCAAGUGAAGGACAUUAACAGAAUGAUUUAGUUAAAUUUUACAUGCCUGUUACUUGGGACAGUAAUUUGAUUUUGUUUUUGUGAAGUUCUUUGCCAAAUAUAUAUGUUUGCUUUUUCAUUGAGAGAGAAAGGGACCAUGUGCUUUGUCUAACAAUGUUUAGUGAUAUUUUCCUUCUGGAAGCUUCCUUUCUUUUCAAGAGGGAGGUGUCUGCCCUUCAUGUAAAUAAAUGAAACAUUGGAGUUAUAGCAUUAUACUUUGAAAAGAGUGUCUUCAGUUAAAUAGGUUUUUGUGGACGAACAAAAUAAUGUAACAAGGCAGUGUUAUUCCUGGACAUGUUUAAGAUUACUUUGUUCAUGGAAAACCCUCUUGUAACAUACAAAGAGAAUUGGCCAUCCAAAGACAUUCAUACAAAUGUUGCAUUUUUGUGAAACAAGUAGACCAUAUGACUCACCCACUUGCUGUUAUGAUUUCCUUUUAUAUUGCAGUAUAGUCCAAGGUGAACAAAAGCAAGGACCAGAACUGGAGUGGUUUGACAAGAGUGGGCCCUCCGAAUGAUAAAUAUUCAGUAUUACUUAGUCCUAAGCCUGCCAUUUUCCUCUGUAUUUUUGUUCAUACUGCUCAAGUCCAGCUUCUGUACCAGUGUAGGAUUUGAUGAUUAAUGUUUAAUCAGCUGCCUUCCCUCUGCACAUCUUUGCAUGAUAACCUGCUGGAGUCUCUCGCUGAGAUAACGACGAGUGGGUGGCCGCUGUAUGUUAAGAGUAUUAUGUAUUCACCCAAGUUACGCUGUGGACUGACCUUAUUUGUGAAUUAAACUGUAGUGAGAGCCACAGCAGGUGACGAUGCUGUUUCAUUGGAAUGACGCUGCAUUGGUUUGUGGAUAGUGGUAAUCCACUUUUAAAUAAAAUAAACACUUUUAUACAUUGA